AUAGUGCUCUAAAAUAUGACAAAGACUCAUAGUGCCUCAAGAUUUUUAUUGUUAUUAAUAUUUAUUAAUACAGUUAGAUGUGAUGUGAUUGCAAAAAAUUCCAAUAUCCAAGUAAAGGAACAUAAUAAUUCGGAUGAGUUCAUCGAAUCUGUUGUUACAACAAUGUCUGUAAGUAAGGCAAUAGCCAGUUUAGAGGAUAACGGUUAUGGGAAAUUACUUGAAAACUUAUGGAAUGUAAGAAACAUAUCAGAUAUCGAUACAGAACGAGAAAUAAGAAGUAUAAAAAAGAAUAAUCAACAAUUACAAUGCUUAUUCUGUAUAGGAAAUACGAACUCAAAAAAGGGCAAAAUAUGUUAUCAGGAAGAUCUGCAACAGACAGUAAAUUGUCGAAAAGGAGAGGAAUGUUUCACUGAGCUACACCCACAAUACAUUAAGAGGGGCUGUGUGUCCCGAAACAGGUUAAACAGGACAUUUAUAUGCAAAUGUCCACUUUGUAAUGAUAAGGCUUUUGAUGACGUCGACGCCUACGAAUACAAGACGAUAAGAGAUUGGGAAUAUGAUAACAUACGACUACGAACUGCAGUUAUUGGACUGGAUCUCAUAUGCAAAGUUUGUGAAACGAAAGGUGUUAACCAAACUCAAGAUACUCGUAAAUCUUGUAGGCAAGGGACAGGGAUUCAGUCUUUGGUGUGUCGGCGUAAUCAAAUUUGUUAUACAAAUAUAAAUAAAGAAAUAGACUUUGUGUCGAGAGGCUGUAUAUCUAAACCGGCAUUUAACUCCUUUUAUUACUUUUGUAAUGUACAUAGAUGUAACAAAGUACCAUUUCAACAUAAAGAAGAAUUAUUUCAACCGCGAGAUAUGAAAACCUCUAGAAAAAAAAUGGUAUCUCGCGCAAUUAAGAUUUUCUUCAAGGAAAUAAAUCUCACGCUAUCCUUUAUAUUUUUUUUUUCAAAAAUGUAUAUAACGUUGACAAUUACUGACACCACAACAAUUCUGUCAUCAGAAUAAUCAAAAUAUCCCCAAGUUAAUGUAUUCAAAAAUAAACUAUCCGUAAAUUAACCUAUAAAUAGGUUUCAAAAUAUGAUGAUGAUAAAAUAUAUAUUUAUCAUAUUUGUUUCUACUCAUUGCGAAGAAGAACAAUACAGGAAAACUUUGCCAUUUUCUGAAUUUCGCCGUCAAGUUGAAGGUUCAUUCGAAGACGCAAAAGACACAAGUACAAGUGACGCAAAUAUUGUAUCAUUUUUCGUGAAAAAUGUUAAGGAGAUAUUAUUCGACAAUGAAAUGAAAUUAGAUGGUGAUUCAAUUGAAAUGCAAUCGGAAGUUAACACCGAAGCAGUUUCAAAUUCUCCUAAUGUUUCUUAUUUGCAAAUCCUAAAUAUGAAUCUCAGCCGGCAACCAACUAAGCACAAUAAAACUGUUCCUGUGGACAUCGUGAAAGAUAGAUUACUUAAUUCAACUAAAGAUGCAGAGAUUAUCGAGAAAACGGCUCGAGAGAAGAAUGUACAAAUGACUUUUAUUAAAAAUUCGGUUUUACCUACUUAUCCAACAAUUACGCCUACGGAAUAUACUGGCCCUCCAAAACGAUCGUGCAUUAAAUGUGAUAAUACUAUAUUAGAAGAUUGUGUUAAUCCCGUAAAUAAAGUGGUUCCUACAAUAACUUGUGAUCGUCAGCAAGAUUUGUGCUAUUCCCAACAUACACCUUUUGGAUUGGUUGAUCGCGGGUGCUUCAAUGUAAAUCACAACAUUACUACUUAUGUGUGUUCAUGUAACCUCUGUAAUUAUUUAGCUAUAUCGGGGUUGUCGGUAAUAUUUUCAACAAAACAAGACUGGAAGGAUAAUGUCAUAGAGAUGUCAAGAACGAAACGCUUCAGACGUACAAUUCUUAAGAAAAUGUCUUGCUUGAAGUGUGAAGUGAAAAUGUCCACGAAGACUGGUGAUGAUGUGGAUCGUGUGAAUUGCUUGGAAGGAAACAUGUACAGAAUUCAAGAGUGCAAGGAAAAUGAGAUUUGUGCAGUAAGAGCAAGAAGGAGUGAAGGCUAUCUUUGGCGGGGAUGUGCCACGAAGCCUCUUUUUAAUUAUUGGUUUGGUCUUUGUGAUACUGACAUAUGUAAUCAUGAUAAAUUAAUAUCAAUUUUUGAUAUUUAGAUUAUUUUUAUAAGAUUUUCAUUUCACGA